AUGCUCCGCCGACUCACCAUGUCGUUCUACAACAACGACAGCGGCAAUUACGAAGCCGCACCCACCGAGCCGCCGCCCUCCUAUGAUUCCGUCGACAAACAACCCGCCCCCGUCUCCGGCGGGGCUCCAGCACCAUCGCGACCCGGACAGCCACGCGCACCGCUGCCCCUCGAGCUCGCCGCCUUGAGCAAUCUGCGCGGCAAGAGAGUCAUCCUGGCCUCGGGUUCUCCACGACGGAGACAGCUGCUCGCUCAGAUCGGCCUCCGCGAUCUCGAAAUCAUCCCGUCGGCGUUUCCUGAGGACCUGCCCAAGAGCCUCGCUCCCUUCGAAUAUGUGCUCGAGACUGCGACGAAGAAGGCGAUGACGGUGUACGAGAAGGAGAUUGACAACAAGGAGAAGGGUGAGCCCGCGCUGAUCAUCGCCGCCGACACCGUCGUUGUUGGCCACUUCGGCGAGAUUCUGGAGAAGCCCCGCUCGGAGCGUGAGCACAUCGAGAUGCUCAAGAACUUGAGGGACAAUGGUGAGCACAAGGUCUUCACGGCGGUGGCGUGCAUGCGGCCGCUGGAAAGCGCAAAGGAUCCGGGCUACGCCAUGAAGACGCAUGUGGAGGACACGACGGUCAAGUUUGAUAAGUCUGUCACGGACGAACUGAUAGUCGCGUACGUCAGAACAAGGGAAGGUGCCGACAAGGCCGGCGGUUAUGGCAUUCAGGGAAUCGGCUCCAUCUUGGUCGACCGGAUAGAGGGCACAUUUGACAACGUGGUUGGCCUGCCGCUGAAGGCUACCUUGAAGCUUAUUGAGGAAGUCACGAAGUCUGAGGAGGAGAUGGAGGAAGAAAUGGCUGAAGCUGAUGUGAACAUUAUGUGA